AAAGAAAGCGUAAAGAGUAUAAUCACCCGCCUAAGGGUAUUAAGUGUUCUGUGAGUAUAAUAUACAGAAAAUUAAUUCUACUCAUUGCAUAUUAGAUAUUAGUUUGUGAUUAAAGUUAUUGAAAAUAGAAAUGGCCUAUUUUAGUGAAAUUUGUAGAAUUUGUUUAUGCGAUAAUGUACGCAUGUAUGUACUAAAGAAGACUGGUCUCGAAAAUUUGUACAAAACAUUGACGAAUAGUUUGGUGGAUGUGGAUGAGGAGGUCAUAAUUGUCUGUUUCACCUGUCAUGCAAGACUCAUUCGUUGCAGAACAUUACAACAACAGGCUAUUGAGUCAAAUGCAGUUCUGGAGCAGUUGCUUGCAGGAGGGUCCAUGUCAAUACCAAAUCAUCAUGAGGCUAGAGAUAAGAUUCAAUUCACACCAAUUAGUCAUAUAGAUAUCAGGCCAGUAGAGUGUGAUCUAGAUAAUGAUUGUCAGAACGAAAUGUUCAGUCUUGAAUCUGUUAAAGUUGAAGAAGAGAAUUUAGAAAAUGAGAAUUCCAAAUUUGAAGAAAAUGGGAAUCAUGAAACAGAGAGUGCUGAAAAACAAGAAGAUUUGGAGAUUGAUGCUUUUGAAGAUAGACAUACAGAUUUGGAUGACGACUUGCCGCUAAUUGCAUUUGGUUCAAAGAGUAAAAAAGAUGACCAUGACAUAGAAAGUUCUGAGAAGAAGAUUAAAUCAAAUUCUACUGAUUGUAACAUAAACGAUGUUCGUGAAGAAGACCUCGAUUUUGAAGGCCCUACUAUUAAAUCAAACCCUAAAGUGAAAAAAGAUAAUCAACCAAUUAAUGAAAAAGGAAAGCAUCCUGCAAAGAUAAUGAAAACGAAAAUUUUGAAACAAAAGAGUGUAAAUAUGCUUAAGAAAAAAACGUCUGGGACAUCAACUAAAUACAUUUUUGAAUGUGAUGGUUGCAGUAAAAAAUUUCCAACAAAAGACAUUCUCGCCAAACACAUUUCAUACAGUCAUAAGACGCAAAACAACUCAGACACCAUUGCAGUGCGGACACAAGUAGAACUAACUCCAGUACCACAACAAACAGAAAUAUUUAAUUGUGAUAUUUGCGAAUAUAAAACAUCUCAAAAACGUUCCAUUUUGGUACAUCUUAAAGCGCACGCCGCUAAACGAAUGUACUGUUGUAAUAUCUGUGAAUAUAGAUGUAAUAGAAAAGAUAAUUUGCAAAUACAUAUGAAAAUACACACCGGUGAAAAACCAUUUUCGUGUAAUAUCUGUGAACAUAGAUUUAUUACAAAGAGUCGUUUGCAAACACAUAUGAAAAUACAUACCGGUGAAAAACCUUUUUCGUGUAAUGUCUGUGAAUAUAGAUGUAUUACAAAGAAUCGUUUGCAAAGACAUGUGAAAAUACACACCGGUGAAAAACCUUUUUCGUGUAAUAUCUGUGAAUAUAGAUUUAUUACAAAGUGUCGUUUGCAAAGACAUGUGAAAAUACACACCGGUGAAAAACCUUUUUCGUGUAAUAUCUGUGAAUAUAGAUGUAUUAGAAAAAGUCAUUUGCAAACACAUGUGAAAAUACACACCGGUGAAAAACCUUUUUCGUGUAAUAUCUGUAAAUAUAGUUUUAUCGCAAAAUAUAGUUUGCAAAGACAUUUAAAAAUACACUCUGGAGCAAAACCUUUUUCGUGAGCUAUCUGGUAAAAUAUGUACAAUAUUGUGUAAACGUUUUGUAUAUAAAUAUGCGUGUACCAAAUAAAAAUCUAUGUUUUGUGAAUUUGUGAUGUAAUUAUACAGGGUGUCCAGUAAGAGUAGCGGGAGUUUGUUUAUUGAUUCACGGCGUCAAGUUAAGUAGCAGGGGCGCGGGGAGGGCAACGUCGCGCGUCGGUUCGUGGAACUUUAGCUGGCAUUGGCAUGGAGCCGUAUCCCGGAACGCAUCGCGCUUUUUGCGUGCGAGCGUAUUAUCGCAAUAACGAUUCCAUUGUUACUGCUCAGCGUUUAUAUCGCAGAGAAUAUCGCACACGUACAGCGCCAAGCGACGAUGUCAUACGAAAGUGGAUUAAAAUGUUCGAGAAUACCGGGUCGACUGUUAAAAUUCAAAAUACAGGUCGCCCGCGAUGCGUUUGAGAUGCAGAAACAGUCGAAGAAGUGAGAGUUUCAGUACGUGAAAAUCCGUCGGUAUCAAUUCGCAAACGAGGACAAGAACUAAACAUCAAAAAAUCUUCACUGCAGGUAGUUUUGAAGAAAGAUUUGCAUCUCACAGCCAACAAAAUCCAGUUAGUCCAAGAACUGAAGGAUUCCGAUUAUGAAAGUCGGUUAAAUUUUGCUACUGAAAUGCUAGAGCGAUUCAACAGCUUUGACAAUAUUCUGUUUAGCGACGAGGCCAAUUUCCACCUUAACGGUCACGUUAAUAAACAGAAUUGUCGCUACUGGUCCAAGCAAAAUCCUAAAACAAAACAUUAACGGCCACUUCAUAGUCCAAAGGUCAUCGUUUGGGCCGCCUUUUCUGGUAGAGGCAUAACCGGCCCCUUUUUCCAUAAAGACAGAUGUGGGCGAGCAGUUACGGUGAAUACAGACCGUUAUUGUGACAUGUUAAGGACGUUUUUGGCGCCCGCAUUACAAGAUUUCCCAGGUUUUAAUUCAAGAACAUGGUUUCAGCAAGAUGGAGCCACAUGCCACACCGCAGGGGCGUCAAUAGAAGCUAUAAAGGAAUUGUUCCCAAACAAAGUUAUCUCGCGUAGGAGUACCAUUAACUGGCCCCCUAGAAGUCCAGAUCUUAGUCCUCUCGACUAUUUUUUAUGGGGAUACCUUAAGGGUAAGGUAUACGAUGACCACCCAACGAAUCUGAGUCAAUUGAAGGAGAACAUCACGUCUGAGAUGAGGGCAAUCCCAACUUCGCUUUGUCAACGCGUCGUCGCCAACCUGCGUUCAAGGUUAGAGGAGUGCCAGCAGCGUGAGGGUACACAUUUAGAUAAUGUUAUAUUCGCCAAAUAAAUUUCCAAGAAACUGUUUUUGAAUUAAAAAUAAAGGAUAUAUUUAUUUAAUU